AUGGAUGAAUCAACAUUGGAGCUUGAGUUGCCAGGUUUUCGGUUUCACCCCACUGAAGAAGAGCUUCUUGAAUUCUAUCUGAAAAAUAUGGUUUUUGGCAAAAAAUGGCGCUCUGAUAUAAUUGGUUUUCUGAACAUUUACCAUCAUGAUCCUUGGGACUUGCCAGGGCUGGCAAAGAUUGGCGAGAGAGAAUGGUACUUCUUUGUGCCUAGGGACCGGAAGCAUGGCAGUGGAGGAAGGCCUAAUAGGACAACUGAGAAUGGAUUCUGGAAGGCAACUGGUUCAGACCGUAAGAUACUGAGUUUAUCGGACCCCAAGAGGAUGAUAGGGUUGAAGAAGACUCUCGUUUUUUAUGAGGGCAGAGCACCACGAGGCUGUAAAACUGAUUGGGUCAUGAAUGAGUACCGCUUACCUGAUACAUGCCCCUCACCCAAG